AUGAUCCACAGCCUCAAUUCGAAACUCGAUCGGGUACCUAUCAUAGUACAUUGUCAAAUUCUGUGUCAAAUGAUCGUCGUUCCAUCGUUCGCCGAGAGCACUGUCACUCUCCCACAACUCGACCCAUUUCACGUAUUUCGCCUGAUCCUCGUUUUCCUUUGGCCAGUCGCAAUGGAGUUUUCCGGUCACUACGAAGUGCGUCGUGAUGUUAUCUUUCUUCUCCCUCCAGGCGUCGGUUGGGGUGACGAGGAAGAGGACCAGAAGGAGGAGGAGGAUGGGACCAAAAUAUUGAGAAGACAUUGCUACUGA